AAUCCACUGCGUUCGAUUCGAUUCCGACGCGUAGCGACCCUAUAGGACAGAGUAGAACUGCCCCAUAGGGUUUCCAAGGAGCGCCUGGUGGAUUUGAACUGCCGACCUUUUUGGUAGCAGCCGUAGCUCUUAACCACUAUGCCCAUGGUUUCCUUCAUAUCUAAACGAAUGAAAAAUAAAACUAUAAUUAAGGAUUUAUGUUGUACAUAUGCUUUACUUUGUCAGUGUCUGAAAUCAAGCUUUGCCUUUAGAAUAUGGAUAACAAUUUGCAAUCAUUAUUACUUACCUGUUUUAAAAUUCUUUCUUUACAAGUAUGUUUUUUAUUUCUUUUUUACAGCCUAUAACUGUAACAGUAACAAAUUGAGAUACCAUCAAUGACAUUAUUAACAGAUCACUACCAAUGCUCAGAAUCAGUGAAAUGAACAUCCCUAUGGAAUAAAAUGAGCCAUCUUGAAGCCACUGCACUCCUGCCACAGCGUCCAGCGGGCUCCACAUCUCCAUCCACCCUCCAGGAGCCCUUCUUACUGGAGCAGCCAUUCCAGAGAUGGAAGGUCAGUUCGUCUGGAAGCCCAGGCACCCACUGAGGGGCCAGGAACAGAACGCUCCAUGAGGUGUCAUGUUAAAGUUGAGGAACCUGAAGUUGAAAGAGAUUGUGUAAUUUCUUCAAGUAAAUGGCGGAACCCUCUGAUCCAGCACCGCAACCCUAGCAAACAACAUGCUCUACAAACGGAAACAGUGGAAAUAAGUUUAAGAUAUGCUUUUCUUUAUUAACCAAAAAGGGCCUCUGACAGAGGGCAUCUUCAGAAUUUUGGCCAGUGUCAGAGCAUGUGGAGCCCUAAAGGAGAAACUAAGUUCUGGAGAGAAAGUGAACUUCGACAAUGAAUCUCUGUUGGUUGUAGCAACUGUCCUAAAGGGCUUGUAGACCAACUGCCAAUGCCCAGUGUUGUUCUUCUGUGGUACCUUUUUGGAGUGUUACACAACAUUGAACAACAUUCUGCCUCCAAUCAGAUGACAGCAUAUAAUUUAUCAGUCUGUAUCGCCCCAAGCAUUCUUUGGUCUUUUACUUCCUGCAGCCCAGGACUGGAAAAUAAAUCAACAAAGAAGAUUUCUCUUGUACAAUUUCUUAUUGAAAAUUGCUUCAAAAUACUUGGAGAAGACAUCCUUUCCCUCUUGGAGGAAAGUUCAACAAUCACAACGAGCUGUGAUGAUUCAGAGAAGGCAUCAGAUGCAGGCCAGAAGACAGGUGAAAGGAAAUGGCCUACGAUAAACUGCCAGGACAACGAGUGCACGGCGCUACCAUCCCCCAAGCCAGGGAAGCUCUUCGGAGUUCCUCUCAAAGAUCUUUGUGACAAAGACGACCUGCCCGCUCCUCUCCGGAUGUAGGCCAGAAGACAGUUGAAAGGAAAUGGCGUAUGAUAAACAGCCAGGAAAACAAGUGCUCGGCUCUAGCAUCCCCCAAGCCAGGGAAGCUCUGGAUUUCCUCUGAAAGAUGUUUGUGACAGUGACAACCUGCCCACUCCUCUGCGGGAUUUGCUUUGCUUUGUUAAUCAGAAUGGGCUUCUGACAAAGGGCAUCUUCGGAACAUAGGCCAGUGUAAAAGCAUGUGGAGCCCUAACGGAGAAACUAAAUUUUGGAGAAAAAGUGAAGUUGGAUGAGGAAUCUGUUUUUGUUGUAGCAUCUGUAUUAAAGGACUUUUUUUUAGAAAUAUCCAAGAAAGCAUAUUUUCAUCUGAUCUGUGUGAUAAAUGGCUUGCUGUAAUUGAUCAAGGGAGUGAGGAGGAGAAAAUAACUGCAAUCCAGAGGGCUUUUAGACCAACUGCCAAAAGCCAGUGUUCUCCUGCAAUACCUUUUUGGAGUGUUAAACACAACACUGAACAACAUUCUGCAUCCAGUCAGAUGACAGCAUAUAAUUUAUCAGUGUGUAUCGCCCCAAGCAUUCUUUGGUCUUCUACUUCCCGCAGCCCAGGACUGGAAAGUGAAUUGACA